GACGCCAUCGCAGCGCGCGGCGGAGAGGGCUCUCCAUGGCCGCGCCGGAGGCGGCAGCGCGGAAGCGGCGGCUGAAGGGGCACUUCGCGGCUCGCGCCAAGCGGCCCCGCGGCGGCGGGCGGCAGCUGGAGGCCGGCAUGCGCGGCAUCCUCAUCACCUGCAACAUGAACGAGCGCAAGUGCGUGGGGGAGGCCUACAGCCUGCUGGGCGAGUACGGGGACCUGCUGUAUGGGCCCGAGCAGCUCUCGGAGCCUGCGGAGCGGCUGUCGGGGAGCGAGAGAGAGGAGGAACGGGAGGAGGAGGACGACGACGACGACGCGGAGGCAGCGCUGAAGAAGGAGGUCGGACAGAUCCGCGCCUCCACUGAGCGGCAGCUGCGGCGCUUCCAGUCGGUGGAGAGCGGCGCCAACAACGUCGUCUUCAUCCGCACCCGCGGCAUAGAACCUGAGAACCUGGUGCACCAUAUAUUAAAGGACAUUCAUACCACUAAAAAGAAGAAAACCAGAGUCAUUCUGCGCAUGCUCCCCAUUUCUGGAACUUGCAAAGCUUUUCUGGAAGAUAUGAAAAAAUACACAGAAACGUUUUUUGAGCCUUGGUUUAAAGCCCCCAAUAAGAGUACUUUCCAGAUCGUUUACAAAGCUCGUAAUAACAGUCAUAUGAAUAGAGAAGAAGUAAUUAAGGAGCUGGCAGGAAUUGUGGGCAGCCUUAAUCCAGAAAACAAAGUUGAUCUCAAUAAUCCACAAUAUACAGUUGUGGUGGAAAUAAUAAAGAAUGUUUGUUGCUUGAGUGUGGUGAGAGACUAUGUUCUAUUCAGAAAAUACAAUCUACAGGAGGUAGUGAAAAGCAACAAAGACGACACGCAACAAAACCCAUCAAAUGUGUCUGAAGAGCAGAACUCAACAGCCGUAAAACCAGAAACCAUGGAAGAGAACUUGAAGGAAGUAAAACAAGAACAAGAGUGAUGGUGAGAUGGAAGCUGAACUCCACGGGAAUUAAAUGUAAACAGUGUAGAAAGUGUGGUAGAAAGGAAAGAUGAACACAAGGGAAACCUAUUAAAAAUAUUGCCUGAGAAUUCAGAAAGGAGGUUUUAAGGAAAAGUGGGUUUUGUUUUGGAAUCUUGUUUUUAAAAUCCACAUGGGAGAAUUGUAGUGCUUGCUGCAGGUGGAGCUGACGCUGCUGUGGAUUUUUAAGUACUUCACCUCUGGUGAGAUUUGCUGCCAUCCUUCAGCAGUUUUGUUCAGUUGUCUUUAGCUAGCACCAAAGUGUGCUUACAUACAUGCAUCUAUAAAGACGGCCAGCCUGCUGUACACUGACCCUUCUGCCCUAGCUGAUGGCUACAGAAAUCAAGGGGCAGGGCAGAUGAGCUCUGUCAGAAGGCGUCCUCAGAAGUGAGAGACCUGAACAAAACAGUUGCUUGGCGAGGGUUUUUAGGAAAGUGAUCUGGCAAGUCUGGGGUUGCAGAACUCCGAUCUGUAUUUCUAUGUAAACAACAACAUGAGCUGAAACUCCUGAUUUUUUUUCUUUUUUUUUUUUUUUCUGUGUGCAUCUCUGAAAGAGUAUGAUAAGUCUUGAAAGGGUACUGGAAGGAUUGCUAUGAUCAAAGUACUUGAAUUCUAUGAGAGUAUUCAGAGUAGUAGACGGGACUGGUCUAGAACAGAAGUAAAGGGCAGGCUUUGCAGAUGAUUUCAGGAAAAGCUCCAUGUGUGUACAUCAGCUGUGUAUGCAGCAGUUAUCAGCUUGCAGCAAAUGCUGCGUGCAGCCACUUAACAGAAUCCUUUCCAACAAUUUACUGCAAAUAGGUUAUUUGUUGGGCUCUUUUCAAAAGCAUAAUCUUUGGGGGUGAAAUUAUAAGGUCUCUGUUUUUAUUUUUACUUAAAUCUCAAAAUUUGGAUGUAAAAACUGUUUGGAAAUUUCUGUAGCAGAGAACAGCUCUCUGCUAUGCCAUAUUGGAAAAGGGGAUAUAAGCUUGGCUUUUUGUACAGGUUUAGCAUUGCAACGUUCACUUUGUUUCAUAUUGAAAGUGAAUGUCAGUGGGUUUUCAGUUUCUUGUGGCAGCUCUUGGUAUCACCAUGACUUUAAAACAAACCAGGCCAAAGAGUGCAGCUACAGCCUGCUUUCUGAGGGGGGCUGGAGCACUCUUCCUGCACAACUGCCUAGCAUCAGUGUUCCAUUUCUAGCCUGUGGGUUGCUCAUGGGAGAAGCCUGUCCUGAAGAACACUGCUGUUCCUUCCCUGACUUAACAGGAAUGAUUUGUUCAGAUCUCUCAACAGUGUUUCCAUUGUCCUCUUCUCUCAAAACCGCUAUAGAAGGUGGAAAUUUAAGAGGACUUCUUUUGUUCAGUCUUCCUUGCCACUCGGUUAUUAAAGAUAUGCGUCCUUA